CUAUGAUACCCUCAGUUAUAUAACUGGGGUCCAAAGGUCAGAUCUUAGAGAGCAAUUUGUUUUAGCUCAGAUCGAUACACCGUAGCACAAGCUACAUGUACAGAGAACUCAGACUGUCUGAGGAUAUGCUGUACUAGUAGAUGCCACCAUGUCUUCAAACAGUGCAGACGAGAGCCAAGACAAGGUGUACGGCGUGGUCAUUAUUGGGGCAGGAAUCGCUGGACUUACUGUGGCGGAGACCCUCACAGCAGCGGGAUUUGAGGACUUCCUGAUACUUGAAGCUAGUAACAGGAUCGGCGGCAGGUGCCGUACUGAGGACUUUGGGAGCUCAUUUGUAGAACUUGGUGCCAAUUGGAUUCAUGGCACCACUUCAGAGAACUCCGUCAUGGUGCUGGCCGAAGAGAAUGAUUUGGCCAUCAAGCAUCAACUGAUGAACAGGGCCCGUGGACAUUUCUACAGGAGUAAUGGCAGACAAAUUGAUAAAGAACUGGGUGCCAAAGUCUGGACUCUCUGUAAAGAGAUCGAGGCCGAAGUGGAAACAGGACACCCAUGCCCCAGUAAAGGAGAUAAAACCGUUUUCACCAUGAAAGACUAUUAUGUCAAGAGAUUAGAAGAAAAUCUUAUAAAGUUCCAAGGAGCUGAGAGACCAGAUGUAAUUGCCAUCUUUAACUGUUUUUCCAACUAUCUUCGAUUUCACUGGGGAGGGGAAAUCGCCCACAUUCCGCUCGAAUUAUGCAGUAUGACUCCCGAAACAGAAGGAGGAGACGUACUCAUUCCAAAGGGCACGAGGUCGUUAGUUAAUGCAAUCCUGUCUCGCUUUAGAUGUGAGGGGAGGCUUUACACUGAAAAGCAGGCGACCUCGAUCAGCUGGGGAGAUGAUCUAGUUGAAGUCAGGUGUUCCAGUGGAGACAUCUAUCGAGCAAAAUGUGUCGUCAUCACGGUGUCGCUGGGAUACCUGAAAGAACAUCACCGGGAUCUUUUCCAACCAUCCAUUCCACAUGACAAAAUCAAAGCGAUUGAUGGCUUGGAUUUUGGGUUAGUAGACAAAAUAUUUCUUCAUUAUGACCAUCCAUUUUGGUCUUCUGAAGUAGGUUUUGGCAGUGUCAAGCUUGCAUGGGACGACGAUGAGGCUGUCAUCACUGACCCAGAGAACCAGUGGUACAAGAGAAUAUUUUCCUUUGAUGACGUCUAUUUCAACCCUAGCUGCCUCUGCGUGUGGAUCUCAUGCAACGAGGCGUAUCACAUGGAGCACCUCUCUGAGGAAGACAUUUCAGAAACCUGCACCAGCCUUCUACGCCAGUUCCUCGGAGACCCCUCUAUCCCGAAACCUUCUAAGGUCAUUUGGUCAACCUGGGGCACCAACCAGCACACACUGGGUUCGUAUUCAUGCCUUGGGAUGAGGUCGGACGCCAGUCACUUCGGAUGCCUAGCCGAACCCUUGACGGAUUCCAAUGGUCGAUUAAGAGUCCUUUUCGCCGGUGAGGCUACUCAUACAAAGUACCAUUCUACAAUGCAUGGAGCACGCGAGUCUGGCGUGCGGGAAGCAACGAGACUUCUCCGAUACUUUGGAGGGAUUAAAGCACCCACCAAACACCUUGAAUAAUGAUAUCGAUAAUCAAAAAUAAUGCCUGAAUGUCACGGUCCUAUCUUGAUUAGAAAAAUUGCAGAGGUUUCGUCGAAAAUUUACUUGUUCUUUAAUGUAUGCAUAUCUGAUAACAUACAUACUGCCAUGUCAGUGCAACAUGCAUACGCUGUACAGAUGAAACUCCUCAGCCAUCGUUGAUGCCUUGACGUUUGUCCUAAACCCCAAUGAUAUUUUGGCCUCCAAACCCAUAGCAUAGGAUUUUAUAUCUUCAAGGUUUUAUCAAUUCAGUCGUCAAUUUGAU